ACUUUACACUCUAGAUGGAAAGCUUGUUCAGAGUGGGUCGGACUUGGAGAAUGGACAAAUUUAUGUUGCAGUGGGAAGAGAAAAGUUUAAGAAGUUGCCAUACGGUGACCUGCUGUUUAGCAAAUCUACAGUGAGAAGACCACCGGGUUCCAAAGCCUCUGUUCUACCUCCAAUUGUGGGAUCUCGAAAGUCCAAAGGCAGUGGAAAUGAUCGGCAAUCCAAAUCUACCACUGGAUCCAGUGAGCAGGCAGAAAAUAGUUCCUCACCUCAGCUUCCCAAAGGGAAAGAUAAAAAAAGCCAGAAUCCAGAGAAUUCGAUGUCCAGACGACGCUUUUCUAACAGCUCUACAAAAGUAAAAGCGACAGCUUCCACAGGAGUCCUUCAAGAUAAUGGUGAAGGUAUUUACAAAGCCAGAGAAGAGGGGUCUGAAAUGUGGGGGGCAGUUGAAGUGCAGGAAGAUGAAGAUACUCUUGUAGAAGUUCCACUGGACCAGAGACCAGCAGAAACUGUAGAUGAAGAAGAAAAUGUCGAAGAGGAAAAUGACAGGGGAGAGGAAGAAGAAUAUCCAGAAGUGAAUGGAGAGGAAAGUGGGGAAACUGUUAAAGAAAGAAGUGAAGAAGACAAAAAGAAAUUAAAUGAAAAUUAUGGAGUUGAAGCAGAAGAAACAGAGAAUGUUGACCAAGCAGAGCAAGAGGAAUUUACCCAUGUUAAUGGCAAGAGCAAUGAAGAAAAUGGUGAAAGAACAGAGCACUUGAACUGCCAAGGUUAUGUUCAGCCUGAAGAAGAAGCAAAAGAGGAUUCUGACAGUCAGAACCAGGUUGAUUCCCAUCUUGACAAAACAUCCACAAAUCCAAGGGUGACAGUCACCAGCCCACAGGAAAGUGAAAAGAAUGACCAGAGCAGUGACUAUGCGGCAGUUGCAUAG